AUGACAUCCAGGAAUUCUUGAAACAUGUUGAUAUACUUUCCUGUAUUCUGUUGCAAAUCCUCGCCCUACCCCCGAAAAAAUGUCCAGCUACGGCCUUGAAUAUGAACAUUCAAAAAUAUACAUUUUAUUGACUAUUUCCUUGUAUGUUCAAUUUAACCUUUCUGCUGAAAUGACAUUAGCGCCUCUAGCGGUUGAAUUUUCUGUGUCAGCUGUCAACUUGACUUUUUGAUUCUAUUGUCAGUGUGGAACAUUGUCACACGUGUGGUUAUUAUACUAAUGUUACUGCAUUUAUGUCAAUUUUUAUGAAAAAAAUAGUUUGAAAUGUGAUUUAAUAUUUAAUAAGUGUAAUGAAAAUGCCAAAGAUUUAAAAUUUUUUUAAAAAUACGCAGUUAUUUAGAUAAAAAUGAGCCGGAAAGUUGAACUAGUGUCUACAGUAUCUACGUCGAUCGAAAUUAAUUAACGAAGAUUCAGUGGUUAGAAUCGACAGUUGUCAUCGUUGCCAUGGCCCAGUCCUCAGCUAGUGGAACUUCUUCGAGAAGAAUGAUCAGAGAACACGAUGUCAGUUCUUCUGGUUCAACGCGGAAUCCGGAUAGCGAAUGGGAGACUAAAGAGGCCUUGCGGCAGAGGGAAUUGGAAGAAGCUCGAGCGAGGGCGGCUCAGAUGGAAAAGACAAUGAGGUGGUGGUCUGAUUGUACUGCAAACUGGAGAGAAAAAUGGAGCAAAGUCCGCAACGAAAGAAACAAGGCUAGAGAAGAAGCAAAAGUCCUUAGAACAAAAUUAGAAAUCGCAAUGAAGGACGCAAAUACAUAUAAGCACGAAGCUCAAGAAGUAGAAUUACAAAAUGAACAGCUAAGAAAGGAAAUGGAGAAAAUACACAUGGUGUUAUUAAAACACGCUGGUCAAUUUGACCAACAAAUUGUAUCAAUAUUGGAAUCAGAUCCUCAUUUAAGGAAUGCGCUCGGAAUAGAUGAACUUCUGGAAGUAUACAAUAACGUUGAGCAAAGCGACAAUUCUACAUCCGUUGAAAACAAGGAAUAUGUUAUCAAAAGUCUUACGAAAGAAAAUAGCUGUAGCAAUACAGAAGGAAAUAAUUCCUCUUCAGACAGAGACAUCGAGGAAUACGUCUUGCAGGGUGCAGUGCCAAAGCAUGCUGUAGAGUUAUACAAGGAGAGUUCCAUGCUGUCUCUGGACAGAGAUAUCACCAAAUUAGUUGCGGAAGCUUCCACCGUGCAAGAGAAGAUAGACAAGCGAAAGUCAUCUCUGGAAUUGGAAAAUGAAGAGUAUCUUAUACAGAAAAUGUCAAUGCUUCAUUUGCGAUUGGAGGAAGCAGCUAAGACUAUUUCUGCUGAAAGAGAAGAAAAAUCGUCGCUACAUCGUGGUAUGGAGAAAUUAAGAUCAGAAAUGACGCGGCUACGAGAGCGUUGCGAGGAGUUGCAAGACAGUAGAGCAGAAGCCAUCAAGGAAUUGUUACAGUUGAAGGAAAGGUUUACGGGAGAACUUAACGCUGCGCAAGCUGAUCUUAUAGACGAAGCUUCGAAUAGAGAAGGGAUGGAUCGACGGCUCUCCGAACUUCGAACUGAGAAAGAGAAGUCAACAUAA